AUGCCAGCAAGUCGAACAGUCCGGAGAUCGGGAACCGAAAGGGCUUGUUUGGAGUGCCAGAAGAGGAAGACCAAAUGCGUCGCUGCGCCAGAAAGCGAGAUAUGUGCAUAUUGCCAAAAGGCCGGCAAGAUAUGUGUUUUCGAAGGACCACACGAACGCACUUCGUUGACACGGCGAAAUCUCGAUGCGGCUGAAGCGCAAUGUAGAGAAUUGCAGAGACUACUACAAGAAGCUCAGGCGAAUCCAAGGGCCGAGACUGAUCAGAGGGAGGCACCUCAACAACCGCGUCGCCAACAGAACCCCGAAGACCCUCCCUCCGGUCCCUACGAGUGGAACGAAGGACUUGAUGCGAACGCAGACGAUUCAUCCCCCGACGGUGAAUAUACGCGCGAUGGCAUGGCCUCUCUGACACGACAAGGUAAUGGAUCAGGAUAUCUCGGAAAGAGUUCUGGUUUCGAGAUUUUACAAUCCGUUUCAUCAUUGCUACCAUCUCAAGUCGCCGUGGCCGAUCGUGGUGCUCAGCUUGACGCUGUAGUGUCAUCGACUUCUCCCGCUCAUCAAGCCUUGACAGGCACACUUGGACACUUGAUGGCUACAAACUCUAUUCAAGAACAGCUCAUCACUGCUUUCUUCCUUGGCUAUAAUGCUUACUAUCCCAUCUUGCACGAGGGAACGUUUCGUAAGCAGUAUGCGGCAAGAAAGCAGAUGUCGUCCAGAUCUACAUGGCAUAUAACGUACUAUAUGGUCCUUGCCAUAGGAGAGUGGGUGUCGGGGUGCAGCAGUGAGGAGAACUCGAUAUACUACGAAGCUGCUCGCUCACGCGUCAGACCCGAAGUCUUGGAGUCUGGAUCUAUAAACAACGUGCAGGCUUUUCUCCUUCUCGGCAAUUACCUCCAGAAGAGAGAUCGGCCCAAUACAGGAUACAAUUACAUAGGCAUCGCCCUGAGAAUGGCUCUCGGUCUUGCGCUGCAUCUUGAGCUUCCUCAGAGUGCAGGCGUAAAGCCNCUUGACACUCACAGAAGGCGUGUCCUUUUCUGGAUUCUCUGCUGUUUCGAUUGCUGGUUCAACAUCACAACUGGCAGACCAACACUCGUCCCAGACAAUUUUGUUGACAUUCGGGUUCCUUCCAACGUGGAUGAGUCGGCAUGCGAUUCAGCUUCGAGCAUCGUGGCGGAAGUGUCGUAUCCAACAACGUCCUCGACCGUGAUCGCUUUAGCCAGACUGACCAAGAUUGCAAAUCGAGUGUUUACGCAAUUCAUGUGUGUUAAUCCUUGCUCAGACAUUGAUCAUCAAACUAGCGUCAUGGAGCAUAUGAUACAGAACUGGCAUAGCUCGCUUCCCUCAUACUUUUUCCACGCAGACGUUCCAUCCUGGUUCCUAGGUCCGAGACAGAUCGUUCUAUGGAAGGAGUCCAAUCUACUCAUUCUGCUGCUUCUAUCGAGCCAGCGUCAUCACAAGGACGAGCACGAGAAGCUCUCGCUUGGGACAAGGUGUCAAUCUGUCUCAGCCAGCGUCAUCUCAGGCAUCUCAACCUUUUGUCAGACGCAUUCACAAGUCCUCCAUUGUGGACUGAGCUGGUAUGCUGUCUACUUCACCCUUCAAGCGACUCUAUCUUACAGCGCUCAAUACAUCUCCAGAUGUCGUCUAUCUGUACAGACUCAGGACGAACUCCAAGACCAUGAAACUAUCGUCGGUCAGGCAUGCCAGUGUCUGCAGAGUUUGAUCAACACCAGUAGUGCAGCAGCCAGAUCCUUCCAGAUCGUACUCCGAUUACGAGAGAUGCUAAGACAAGCCACAGUAUCACAGAGUUCGGGGGACGGAGACACCUUCACAACGUUUCAUGAGCUCGUGCCAAAUCAUCUCGGAGUUGUUGAUCAUCGCAACGAGCUUUCGAUCCAGAUGGCCCAAGGGUUUCAAGAUGGAGUGUUUCAGCCGAGUCCGUCAAAUGCAGGCUCGUAUAACCAGCCGUUUGACAACCAUGGUAUCGCAGAUCUUGUGCUCAACGAAUGGAGCUUGGCCGCAGAUCCCUCUCUACAGGCGCUUUUUGAUGGAAUGAACGAUUUUGGUCAUCCUUUCCAGAUGACUGGAUGA